CCUAAUAUCAUACAUGCAAUACGUGCAAAUUCCACGUGUGACGCCGCCUUACGCUCCUGCUUUCUGUGGUCAGGUGAGAGAGGCGCCACGCUGUCAGGUGGGCAGAAACAGCGCAUCGCCAUCGCCCGCGCGCUGGUCAAAAACCCCAGCAUCCUGAUCCUGGAUGAGGCCACCAGCGCUCUGGACGCAGAGUCGGAGCGAGUGGUGCAGGAGGCUCUGGACAGGGCCGCAAGAGGUCGCACCGUGCUAAUCAUCGCCCACAGACUGAGCACCAUCCAGCGGGCCGACCUCAUCUGUGUCAUGAGUAACGGACGCAUCGUGGAGGUGAGAGAUAAAUAAUUCACGUGGCUUCUGGAUUCUGUUCUUCAGCUGGACUUCAGCGUUCCUCUGAGUUACUGUUGUUUCUGCGCCGGAUCAUAAAAUGUUCAUAAUGAGAAUAUUCUAUAUUAAAAAAUAGAAG